GCUCCCUUCACAUACUGCUGUGAUGUUCUCCUGAAACUCGUGACUCUGCUGUCUGUCCACCAACAUGCUCGCCUCUCUGAAGCUCAUACUACUAUUGUUGCUGGCCCUCGGCUUUGCACAGGCUCUGCAGCACAACUACAUCGAUGAAGCCGACGAGGUGGCCGACGCUGAGCUGCUCGUUGCGGCUGCAAACUCCGGUGCCCUGUGGCCUCUGCCGCAGAAAGUGAAAAUCUCAGAUGUUUCAAUCAAGUUAAACAGCUUCAGCUUCCAAAUAACCGACGCCAAAGAGUCGACAGCCGGGCAGAGCUGCAGCCUCCUGCAGGAUGCAUACAGGAGGUAUUUUGAGUAUGUGUUUGGGAACGCUAAAAGGCAUGAGCCGGGCAAAAGCAGGCGAACUGGUCCCUCUGAGCUGACUGAGCUGCAGGUGUGGAUCACCUCACCUGACUCUGAAUGUGACGGAUACCCCAGUGUUACAUCUGACGAGUCAUAUGAGCUGAUGGUGGAUCAGCCGUAUGCUGUCUUGAAAGCGCCAAAGGUCUGGGGAGCCUUACAUGGUCUGGAAACAUUCAGCCAGCUGGUAUAUGAAGAUGAAUAUGGAGCUAAAAGCAUCAAUUCAACAACUAUCAGUGACUUCCCCAGAUUUGCACAUAGAGGCAUCCUACUGGACAGCUCUCGGCAUUUCCUGCCCAUCAAAGUCAUCCUGGCUAAUUUGGAAACAAUGGCAAUGAACAAAUUUAAUGUUUUCCACUGGCACAUCGUGGAUGAUCCAUCUUUCCCUUACCUGAGCCGAACGUUCCCACAGCUGAGCCAGCAGGGAGCUUACCACCCAUACACACAUGUGUAUACACCAGCGGACGUGAAGAUGGUGAUCGAGUUUGGCCGUCUGCGAGGCAUUCGUGUUAUCCCGGAGUUUGACACUCCAGGACACACACAGUCUUGGGGCAAAGGUCAGACAGAUCUGCUCACACCCUGUUACUCUGGCUCCAAACCAUCCGGCACAUUCGGACCAGUGAACCCCAUCCUGAGCACCACGUAUGAGUUCAUGAGCCAGUUCUUCAAGGAGAUCAGCACCGUGUUCCCUGACGCCUACAUUCACCUGGGAGGUGAUGAGGUGGACUUCAGCUGUUGGAAGUCCAACCCGGACAUUCAGAAGUUUAUGGAUCAGCAAGGCUUCGGACAAGAUUACAAGAAACUGGAAUCAUUCUAUAUUCAAAAACUCUUGGAUAUCGUCGCCACUACCCAGAAGGGCUACAUGAUCUGGCAGGAGGUCUUUGAUAAUGGUGUUACGCUGAAACCAGACACACUUAUCCACGUUUGGAAGGGAAACAAGGAGAAAUACCAGAGUGAGAUGGCAAAUGUUACAUCAUCAGGGUUCCAGACCCUGCUGUCCUCUCCCUGGUACCUGAACCGUAUCUCCUACGGCCAGGACUGGCAGGGCCAUUACAAGGCUGACCCACAGGAUUUCAAGGGAACUGAAGCGCAAAAGAAGCUUGUGAUUGGUGGAGAAGCCUGUUUGUGGGGGGAGUAUGUGGACGCCACAAACCUGACACCCAGACUCUGGCCUCGAGCCAGCGCUGUGGCAGAGCGGCUGUGGAGCGCCGUGGAUGUGACGGACAUCACUGAUGCCUUUAACAGACUGUCUGUGCACCGCUGUCGCAUGGUGGAGCGCGGGAUCCCAGCUGAGCCACUGUUUUCCAGCUACUGUCCCCAUGAGUACAAAGGUGUCUGAAAACAACUGAAAGGACCAUGGGAACAGAAAAACGAAACAAAUCCAUUUACAAUCAACCCAAUGCUUGUUUUUUAAACUGAGAAAUCAAAUGCCAAACUGCCUUUGAGUCAAUGUCACUGUACAGAUGCUCUUCAUCCUUUUUAAAUCUGCUUUACAGAACUUUUGAUCACAUCAAAUGUCAUAAAUCCUUUUGGAUUUUUGAAUGCACUCUGUUCUUAUGAAUGUUUGAGUAAUUGAUUACGAAUAAAACGUUGACAUUUUA